AUGGCCAGCCCUGCCCCUGCGGAGCUCAAGGUCAAGCCCUCCAAGCCGGAUGAGGAGGCCUACAAGGCCAGUCUCGCCCAGGCCGAGAAGGAACAUGCUGCGGCUCAAGAGAAAUUGAACCAAAUCAAGUCCAAGUUGGACAACGCCAAGCCCAACAACCAGGACUCCCCCACGGCCAAGAAGCAACAGGAACUCCGCGCCGAACUCUCGUCCAUCCGCCAGAAGCAGUCGGGUUUCAAGUCCUCCCGGUCCAGCACCCAAGAGAAGAUCAAUGCUCUCGAGUCCACCCUGAAGGCCCGCAUUGCGGAGCAGAACAACUCGCGCGGCAAGAUGUCGUUCAAGAAUGUUGAGGAUAUCGACCGGGAGAUUGCCCGUCUUGAGAAGCAGGUCGACUCCGGUACUCUGCGCUUGGUGGAUGAGCGUAAGGCUCUGUCCGACAUUUCCCAGCUGCGCAAGCAGCGCAAGGGCUUUGCCGGUCUCGACGAGGCCCAGAAGGGUAUCAAUGAGCUGAAGGCUCAGAUUGCCGAGCUCCGCAAGACCCUCGACAACCCCGAGGCCAAGGCUCUUAGCGACAAGUACACCGAGAUCCAGAAGGAGCUGGAUGCCAUCAAGGCUGAGCAGGAUGGCAUUUUCAAGAACCUGAACUCGCUGCGCGAUGAGCGCACUAACCUGCGCAACGACCAGCAGAAGAAGUACGCCGCUAUCCGCGAGAUCAAGGAUGCCUACUUCAAGGCCCGUCGUGCCUACAAGGAGUACGAGGAUGAGGCCUGGCGCGUUCGCCGUGAGCGCCAGAAGGCCGAGCGUGAUGCCUUUGAGCGCGAGAAGCGCAAGAAGAUUGCCGACAAGAAGCUCGAGGAGGCAUCCGCCCUGGCUUACACCGACGAGAUCCUGACUGCUCAGGGUCUUAUCCGUCACUUUGACCCCGCCUACAACUUUGCCUCUCUGGGUCUGGACGACAAGAAGACCGAGGGCAGCAACUUCCGUGCUGGUGUCGGCCGUACCGUGGACGAUUCCGGUCUGAAGGGCAUGAAGGUUGUGAAGAAGGAUGACGAGGAGGACUACUUCGUCGGCUCUGGUAGCAAGAAGGGCAAGAAGGGUGGUAAGAAGGCCGCUGUCGCCGAGGGUGGCAAGUUCAACAUGAACGUCGGUAUCAUUGAGGACUUCGCCAAGGUCAAGAUUGACCCUCCCAUGAACCAGUCUGAUGUCCCUGCUGCUGUUGAGAAGCUGGCUUCCAAGAUCCAGGAAUGGAAGAAGAACCAGGCGAGCAAGACGGAGGAGAACAUUAACAAGGCCAAGGAGGAGAUCAAGCGCCUCGAGGAGGAGGAGGCCAACAUCGCCGAGACCAACGACCGCGCCACCGACUCCAAGAAGAAACCCGCUCAGGCCAACGGCGCCCCCACUGCCGAGGCCGAGCUUGCUCAGGAGAAGGAUGCCGCCGCCGAUGCCGCCGAGGAGUUGAAGAAGGCCUCCAUUGAGGACCAGGCAUAG